AUGUAAUAAAAAAAUGAUGAUUUAUUGAAAAAAUAUUGGAAUAAAGUUUCUUUGAAUACAAGUAUUUUUCUAAAUACAUUAAUUAAAAUGAAUUAAAGAAAAAAUUGUAAAUUGUUCAAUAAAGAGAAUGAGAACUCAAAUCUAAGAUUUAUAUAAAAAGUCAGAGAUCUUCAAAUCAAUUAAAAGUGUGAAUUAUCCAUCAUUUUCAAGUUAUACUUAAAGGCAGUAAGAUUAGAAUUACUUAUAGAUCCAGAUGUUUCAUAUAUAAGAUUUUUAAGAUUAGGUUUAAGAAAAUGA